AUUGCUGUUGUUUCAAAUCGGGAUAGACACUGGCUGGCAGCCCAUUACAAUUUGCGUACGCAAUCUAAUUAUAGGUUUUCAGCGGUUUAGCUAGUGUCUCGAGAAAAUGUAUAAUAUAAUGUACGGAAUUAAUAAUUCUGUAUAAUAUUAUGUACCUACUUGUGUGAGCAGCUAUUAAAAUCGUCAUUAAUUCCGCGCGCGACAUGCAAUCCGCAGCUGCAGUGUACCUGUUUUUAUUGUCUGGUUUCGCGGUUUGUGCGGCGGCUGCGGAGGAUGUGGAACGCAUCACCGUCGUGGGUCUGUUUCCGUCCGAAAAUUCCAUAGAACAAAUGGCCUUUGAAUUGGCCAUACAUAAAGUAAACUUGGACCCGACACUUUCAGGCGUGAAACUUAAGGGCCGAGUUGAAAUUGUCGACAUCAACGACGGUUAUCAGACUAGCAAAAAAGUAUGCGAAUCUCUCGAGUCCGGCGUUGGAGCUAUUUUCGGUUCCACUGGCUACGAGUCAUCGGCUAUAGUCCAAUCGAUAUGUGAUUCUAUAGAAAUCCCUUACAUCGAUACCCAUUGGAAAAUGAAUCCAAGACAACAACCAAACUAUUACAUGAACGUCUAUCCGGAUCCGGUGACCCUCAGUCGCGGGUAUACAGCCAUCGUCCGUGACAUGGAUUGGACUUCCUUUACUUUGUUGUAUCAACGAGACGAAGGACUUUUAAGAUUGCAGCACUUAAUCCAAGAUUAUUCUGGACUGACCAAAUUGUCAGAUACCGAAUUAGCGGCCAUUUCUAUCAUUAAAUUACCUGAAAAUAAAGAUUUCCGACCAAUGCUGAAAGAGGUCAAAAAAUCUCUAGAAAGUCAUAUUGUCCUAGAUUGUGAUACAGAUAUAAUAUUAACUGUAUUGGAGCAAGCAGAAGAUGUAGGCCUAAUGGACGAUUACCACAGUUUUAUUAUUACUUCUCUGGAUGCACACACCAUAAAUUAUGGUCACUUGCAGUUUAAACGUACCAAUAUCACUGCAGUGAAAUUAAUAGAUCCGUCAAGUCCAACAGUGAUUAGUAUAAUGGCCGAUCUUGAAUUCGUUCAACAGAGAAUGAAUUUGGAUAUGGAAGUAUUUCAAGCAAAUACUAUUACAGUUAACGCGUUAUUGAUGUUUGAUGCAGUCAAUGUAUACGCUAAAGCAUUACGCGGAAUUGGAGGCACAAAAGUUAUCAAGGCCGAACCUAACAGUUGUGCAAAUAGAUCGAGUACGGGAUGGUCCAGUGGAUUUAGUCUUAUCAACUUCAUGAGAGUCGUAGAUGUCGACGGUCUCACGGGCAAAUUACAAUUCGAUAAAAAUUCUGGGUAUAGAAAUUAUUUCACGUUGGAAAUGGUCGAGCUAACAAAUGCAGGAUUCAAAAAGAUCGGCGUCUGGGAUCCGAAAAACGAAAUGUCGUACACGAGAACUAGAAAUCAAAUGCUGGACGAUCUAGUGAACGCAAACAUGAACAAAACUUUCAUUGUUGCUUCAAAAAUUACCGAGCCGUACAUGAUGUUGAAAACAGAUCAUAAAGAUCGGAUUGGCAACGACAAGUACGAAGGAUAUGUAGUUGAUUUGAUACGUAUGAUUUCGGAAGAGAUCAAUAUCACAUAUGAGUUUAAAUUACGGAACGAUGGUAACGGCAAAAAAGACAAGAAGACAGGAAAAUGGGACGGACUUAUCGGAGAAGUACAUGAACUGAGAGCUGAUUUAGCUGUUUGUGAUCUGACUAUUACACAUGACAGAAGAACCGCGGUUGAUUUUACUACUCCUUUUAUGAAUUUAGGAAUCAGCAUUUUAUUCAGUAAACCAAAAGAACCAGAAACGAAUUUAUUCUCUUUCACCCAACCCUUAUCAUUUCACGUAUGGAUAUACACGGCAACUGCGUACUUAGGUCUAUCAAUUGUUCUUUAUGUAUUAGCUAGGAUUACUCCUAACGAGUGGCAAAAUCCUCAUCCGUGUGCAACAGAGCCUGAAGAACUCGAGAACUCAUUAUCCUUAAUAAAUUGUUUAUGGUUUUCUUUGGGCUCUAUAUUAUGCCAAGGGAGUGAAGUAUUGCCUAGAGCUUUUUCAACCAGAGUGUGCGCAUCUAUGUGGUGGUUUUUUGCAUUAAUUGUUACUCAAUCAUACACUGCUAAUUGGACCGCGUUUUUAACAUCGAGUAGAAAAGAGUCUGCAAUCAAACGAGUUGAGGAUCUUGACAAACAAUCGGCCAUCAAAUAUGGAUGUGUUAGAGGGCAAUCUACUGCUAGUUUUUUUGAGAACUCUGACGUGAAUCUUUAUCAAAAAAUGUUUAGCGUAAUGGAAACAUAUGGUGACACAGUGAUGAUGUUUGACAACAAACAAGGUGUGGAUCGAGUGAAAAAAGAAAGAGAAGCAUAUGCGUUUUUCAUGGAAUCCAGUACAAUUGAGUAUGAAGUCCAGAGAAAUUGUGAUUUGACAGAAGUAGGAAGCUGGUUGGAUAACAAAGCAUAUGGAAUCGCAAUGCCUUUUAAUGCUCCACACAGAACGGCAGUCAGUAUGGCGUUAUUAAAACUUUCCGAGUCUGGAAAGCUAAUGGAAUUAAAAGACAAAUGGUGGUCGGUAUCCGAAGAAAAAAUGUGUCCAGUACCUAAAAAAGAUUCGGCAGAAUUAGACGUAAACGAAGUGGGAGGGAUGUUUGUCAUUCUUAUUUUGGGGUGUUUGUUAGGAUUAAUAUUCUCUUUAUUGGAAUUCUUAUGGAACAUUCGGAAAGUGGCAGUCACAGAAAAAUUAUCGCCAUGGGACGCGUUCAAGUUGGAGCUAAAAUUUGUGCUUAAAUGUCAUUAUUCGACUAAACCAGUCAGACACACUACAUAUUCGGACGAACCAUCUUCAGAAGACGAGGAAAUAAAUAUAUUUCAUUCUUGUUCAGUGUGCAGUGUGCUUCCGAGUUCUGAACCAUAUGGUAGAAAUAUGUAUACGAACAUCGUCACGCUAUGUAUGUCGAUCGCGGUGCUACUGCUCGCGGCGGCUUCCGAAGACAACAUCAAACCAUUGGCUGGGAACAAAAUCGUAAAAAUCGUUGCAUUGUUUAACGAGAACGAUGAUUCCGUCAAUCAGUUGGCAUACAACGUGAGCGCAAAAAUAAUUAAUAUUAUGGACACGGUGUUACCUAAAAACAGAAUCGUUCAAAGAUCUGAAUACGUCAUAAACGACAUGUAUAACGUGUCACGUGUUGUAUGCGACACAUUGAAACUCGGAAUCGCUGCGUUUAUUGAUGGAACAGAUGACGAAGACGUUGAAAAUGUGGUCAGAUCUAUUAGCACCCGUACACAAAUACCAUUUAUAGAAACACAUUGGAAAAAAGUUCACCGACCUCCCGAUCCUUACUCCAUCAAUAUUUAUCCUGAUCCGUCACUUUUAGCACAGGCUAUAAGAGAUAUAAUAUUGGAUAUGGAUUGGGAGUCUUUCACUGUAAUCUAUCAAAGUCCUGAAAGCUUGAUUAGACUCAAAGCUCUGUUGACGCACUUUGAUUAUGGACAAAAAGCUCCGGGAAAAUCAAUUAAAAUUAUUCAAAUUCCACCAACACACGAUUUUCGGCCGUUGUUUAAGGAAUUAAAGUUGUCCGGUGAAAAACACAUUAUAUUAGACUAUGAAGUCGAACAUAUCACGCACAUAUUGGGACAAGCGGAAGAAGUCCACUUUAUGGGAGAUUACCAGAGCUACGUUAUCACAAAUUUAGAUGCGCAUACCUUAAGUUUUGACGAAUUCCAUAAAUCAAUGGCCAAUAUAACGUUAAUCAGAUUAAUUGAUCCAGAAAGUCAGCACGUUAGAAACGCCGUUGAGGAAAUUGUGUUCAAUGAACAGAAAAGCGGACGGAUCAGUGAUUUAUCGCCAAAUACGAUAAAAACAAAAACUGCGUUGAUAUAUGACGCGGUAAACUUUUUCGCAACGUCGCUCCAUGGUUUAGUGGCAACACAAACUAUGGGGCCAACAAGAAUUGCUUGCGACGACAUAAAACCGUGGGUACACGGAUACAGUCUAAUCAAUUAUAUGCGAGUGAUGGAGUUGAACGGAUUGACUGGAAAAAUGAGAUUUGACGCAGAAACAGGCAACAGAAAUUACUUCAAAGUGGACGUGGUCCGAGUGCAAGAGAGUAAAAAACAUCGUUUGGGGUCUUGGGAUCCGAUUGAGGGAAUGACGCUGACAAGAUCGGCAUCGGAAAUGAACUCAGAAUUCGCCCAGUCGAUUUCGAACAAGACGUUUAUUGUCGUCGGUAAAUUAGUUCAACCAUAUCUGAUGAGAUGCAAUAGCACAGAAAAGGGAUUGGACAAAGAUGAAGAGUGUUUUGAAGGUUUCGCGUAUGACUUGGUCGAGGAAAUGGCCAAAUACAAUGGAUUUAAAUUCAAAUUUACCACAAAUCAGGAUUACGGAGCCAUGCAAAAGACCGGCAAGUGGAACGGUAUAAUUGGAGAGCUGCAGUCCAUGCGAGCGGAUCUAGCGAUAUGUGACCUUACGAUCACUUUCGACCGGCGGAGCGCGGUGGACUUCACAACGCCAUUCAUGACGUUGGGCAUAAGCAUACUGUACGCGAAACCGGAAAAGAAGAAACCACAACUAUUUUGGUUCCUGAACCCACUGUCGUUCAGCGUCUGGAUGUACACAGCGACCGCGUACCUAGGCGUGUCUUUAUUCUUGUUUAUGUUGGCCAGAAUCACACCCAACGAAUGGCACGAUCCACAGCCGUGGAAAGACGGUAACAACGAGCUUGAGACUAGGCUUAAUGUGGCUAAUUUGAUAUGGUUCAGUUGCGGCACCAUGUUGCAACAGGGUUCCGAUAUAUCACCUCAGGCAGUGUCCACGCGUUUAGUGGCAGGGAUGUGGUGGUUUUUCGCGCUGAUCAUGACCUCGUCGUAUACCGCCAACCUGACAGCGUCUAUUACCAGCGGACGUAUGGAAACACCUAUCAAGAAUGUCGAUGACUUGUCAAAAGAAUCGAACAUCCAGUACGGCUGUUACGAAGAAGGAUCGACGGCUAGUUUUUUUCAGAGAUCGAACUUGAGUUUGUACCAGAGGAUGUGGAGCGUGAUGGAAGCGUCUAACCCGACCGUGUUCACGAAGAGCAAUCAGGAGGGCGUAGACCGGGUGCUUAAAGGCAAAGGCCGGUAUGCGUUUCUCAUGGAAUCAUCGAGCAUCGAGUAUCAGACAGAACGCAACUGUAACCUGAUGGAGAUCGGCAACACGCUCGACUCCAAAGGAUACGGCAUAGCAAUGCCGAUGAAUUCACCGUACCGUACACUGAUUAGUGAAUCGGUGUUGAGAUUACAAGAGUCCGGAUUCAUGCGAGAACUAAAAGACAAAUGGUGGAAAGUUCAAGGAGGCAAUAAAUGCGAGGAAGAAGACGAAAGCGACGAACUUGGUUUUACGAAAAUCGGUGGCGUUUUUGUGGUACUGGUUCUCGGGUGUUUAAUUGCGUUUAUGUUUUCCAUAUUGGAGUUUUUAUGGAACAUCCGGAAAGUGGCCAUCGAAGAAGAGAUAACACCCAAAGAAGCGUUGAUUUUAGAAUGGAAAUUCGCAAUGAAGUGUGAUGGAGGAGUCAAACCUCUAAGACGGCGGCAUCAUAUCAAUGCCGAUACGAACUCUGACACGAGCUGAAGAGAUGACUACGGAUGACAUAUUUAAGUUCUUAAAAUAUUCCAAAUCACAUGAUGUUUAAUAACAAACUACAUAAUGAGCAAUAAUCACUACUGAAUGCAGUACGACUGAAUAGUAUUACAUAUAUGUAAAAUUAACAAAAUAAUUAACUCAUAAAAUAUCAAACAUAUUUUGUAGAGUACUUAUUCUUGGAAA